AUGACUCCUUGUGUUGUGCAGGAGGUUAAAAGGGAAAUGCACAUUGAAAGCCAAAACAGACUGGUGGAAUUAGCGCUGACUAACAGCAGUUUCGGGGUGCACUUGGGUAUGGAGAACCGGAACUUUACGCAGGGACUUGUCUCCACAAAUGGCACGCUAGUCCAGCCGCUCCACGCGCCGAGCCGCGAGACAGGGAGCGAUUUACCGAUCUUUAUGUUCGCUGGAGGGGCUAUUGGAAAUUUGAUCGCAAUAAUUGUCCUUUCAGUGUCGAGGCAGGAGAGGAAAUCCUCCGCUUUCUACACGCUGGUGUGUGGGCUGGCUGUGACGGACCUGCUCGGCACAUGCCUCGCCAGCCCACUCACCAUUGCAAACUACAUGGACCGGCAGGUGUUGAAGGACAAACAUGUGUGCGAGUUUCACUCUUUCUUACUGCUGUUUUUUGGUCUCACUGGGCUGAGCAUCAUCUGUGCCAUGGCAGCAGAGCGCUACCUGGCCAUCUGCUGUCCGUACACCUACCAGAGAUGGGGAGUUGACCGACGCUUUGCGCAAAAGUUCCUUUUCUUCAUCUACAUCAGUCACAUCUUCUUCUGCUGCCUCCCGGUGAUGGGGAUGGCAAGCAGCGAGUUGCAGCCCUCCAACACCUGGUGCUUCAUUGACUGGAGGAAACAGAAGCGCAUGGCCGUCGCGUAUUGCGUCCUGUACGGCGCUGUCAGCGUGCUGCUCAUCCUGGGUACCAUCCUACUGAACCUCGCGGUGUGCGGCGCGCUGCUGCUCAUGCGUCGAAGGACCGUGCAGCGACCUGUCAGCAGAGGCAGCGUCCGGGAGAGGUGGAGGGCUUUGUCCUCUGCAGCAGAGACGCAGAUGAUCGCGGUGUUAGUGAGCACCUCCGCUGUGGUUCUGGCUUGUUCUGCCCCACUAGUGGUGAGAAAAUUAUCUAUUAAAGUUUAAUUGAUUAUUGAUUUCUGAUUCCAAUAAACGUUUUGAAUAUAUGGAACAACAACAGAUAGAUGUUGUGGUUUUACUCAUGUCAGAAAUUUAAAGAACUAAACUCAUAUUGGGGGAUGAUUAUGUUCAAUCUAGAGACUUUACAGAGUAUCUUGUGUUAUGACAUAUUUACAGAGGCCAGAAAUCAAAGGAGCACCAGCUGCAUGUGGUGGGACACUUAGUACUUAGAGCAGUGGUUCUCAAUUUCAGUCCUCGAGACCCACUGUCCGGCAUGUUUUGGAUGUUUCCCUGCUCCAACACACCUGAUUCAAAUGAUCAGCUCGUUAUGAAGCCAUUACAGAGCUUGAUAACGAGCUGAUCAUUUGAAUCAGGUGUGUUGGAGCAGGAAAACAUCCAAAACAUGCAGGACAGUGGGCCUCGAGGACUGGACUUAAGAACCACUGACUUAGAGCAAAAUCUAGACUUAAGCUCAAACUUCAUUUACUGCAUGAGGAAAGUUAUGAUUCAUGCACAUAAAGUCAAACUAUUGUGCAAAUAAAUCCAGAGUUGAAGUAGUAAAGCAGCACAGAUGAACUUAUAUCUGAGUUUGUUCUCUUUCAGGUCCGUGUGUUUGUAAACUGCUUCAUACAGAAUAAUGACCACAAAGCUGACCUGGCUGCCAUCCGGAUAGCUUCUGUGAACCCCAUCCUGGACCCUUGGAUCUACAUCCUGCUCAGGAGGUCCUUAUUCCGGCGGUUGCUCUCUUUAUCAAGGCGAGGCAGCAGCGUACGCAGCAGCUCUCCUCCUACACCACAGAGAAAUCUGUUUUACCCUGAACUGAUGGACAGUCAUGUGUUCACACAGCUCAUGCUCAGCACAAAUGUCAUCACUCAGGUGCCGGUCAAUGUCAAAUUUACCCCUUAUGAUACAGAGAGCCUCCAGCAGACUUAAAACGAGCUGAAGAUGUGGUGAUUUCAGUGAAUGUUUACUGCAGCUUUGAAGGGGCGCCAGAGACUUGACUCCAGAGCUGUCAACACAGUGAGGUGAAAACUCUGAGGACUCACAGCUGGACAGGAUGCUUCGAGCACCUGCUAACUAAUGUAUUAAACAGAAGUAAAAGGCUGAUCUGAUUAAAUCGACAGCAUGUAUGCAGACAGUGCCAAGAGGAUCACAGGAAGGAUGAGAUGCUGAGGCAGAUGGUUCAUUCAGCAUCAGUUCACAGGAGCUCGUUUUAUCAGGAGGAGUGUAGACAAUCAGCAACUAUUGGAGCUAAUGGACAUCAUUACCGCCUGUUUUUACCAGAAAGUGGGAGUUUUUGGACCCUUAUCCUCCCUCAGGUAAAGAAGAGCUGAUGGGAAACUUCUCAGUUGUUGCUUUUGUAUUAAAAGAAACGUCUUAAUUCUGCUGUUUUAAAGAUACUGCAGCUCCAUCUCUGGUGUCUUUUGUUUUUAUUCUUUGAAUGUUUCAGAUGUGUUUAAAACUUGUCGACACAGUUUGGUCUCCAGUGGUUUAAAUUGAGUUCCUGUUAAUAAGUAGAUGACUGUAUUUAAACAAGUCUUUGAGGUAUUCUUGAGGAUUUAUGUGUCUGUACCUUCAUGGUGCUCCAUACCAAGCAAGCAAUUAAUUAACUCUCAAUCUCAGUUACUAUUUCAGCACAAUGUCGAAAACAAAUAAUCAAGCUGUGGACUAAAUGAGGACUACAAUAUCUUAUAUCUUCAACAUGUCAUGCAACAACAUUCUUGUUUGAAAAUUUGAGUUAAAGGUCCAUGACUGGAUGUAAUGCAGAAAAUGUAAAAUUAAUGUCUACUCAUGAUAAUCUAACCCUGAUCUUAGUAUCAAUCACAGUAAUUGUAGUUUAACAGACACUGGCCGACAAAAAUAUGUUCUUUUCUACAUAAUGUCUACAUUUCUCAAUAAUCUUUAUGAUCUUCAAACAUCGAAUUGAGGAAAACAUGUAUUCAUCUUGCUCUGAAGUUCCUCUAUUGUCUCAUUUUUAAGGCUGUUAAAAUGAGUCAAUUAUUCAAUAUUUCAAAAUGUUUAAGAAUGAAAAAAGUAAACCUGGG